AUACAUUCACAAAAUCACAACUCAGUCAUAACCUAGCCACCGUGGGGUUUAUGCUCGUGCCUGCCGGAGAAACUUUUCCGACGACUAUCCACAACCAUUUCCAUAAACCUUGAGAGCACCAUUUUCUCAUUCCGAAAUGUUUGAAUUGUAAAAGGACUUCUGUUUCUUGCUUGAGUUUGUGAAGCUGCUUUUAGUCGCAUUUCAAUGGCUGCUUCUAGAUUAUGUUCGGCGGCGGCGAUAGCUGCUGCGUUUACUUCAAUGUCGAUGUCACAGAACCGCGCUUACGCUGACUCACGGUUCCGCUUUCCUUUCUUCUCUUCUUCACCUCCGGCAGAAGAAUCUCCAACCGAUCAAAAGUCGUCAUCGAAUGAGACUAAACCUGACUCCGAUGAACCUAAAGGAUCUGGUUUCGAUCCUGAGUCUUUGGAAAGAGGUGCUAAAGCUCUUCGUGAAAUCAAUAGCUCUCCUCACUCCAAACAGGUGUUUGAUCUAAUGCGAAAGCAGGAGAAGACUCGAUUAGCUGAAUUAGCUGCUGAGAAAGAACAUAAUGAAGCUAUUCAAGCACACAAGGACAUUGAAAGACAGCGGAAAUUGGCUGAGGAUCAGAGAAAUUUAGUGCAGCAACAGGCACAAGCGAAAGCGCAAAUGCUACGAUAUGAGGAUGAGUUGGCAAGGAAGCGACUGCAGACUGAUAAUGAAGCUCAGAGACGGCAUAAUGCUGAAUUGGUUUCGAUGCAAGAGGAGUCUUCUAUACGGAAAGAGAAAGCAAGAAUUGCCACGGAACAACAGAUUCAAGCACAGCAGCGCCAGACUGAGAAAGAGAGAGCUGAACUUGAGAGAGAAACAAUUCGCGUUAAAGCCAUGGCUGAGGCUGAAGGCCGAGCUCAUGAAGCUAAACUUACUGAGGAGCAGAAUAGAAGAAUGCUUGUAGAUAAGAUAAAUGGUGAAAGGGAGAAAUGGCUUGCAGCAAUCAACACAACCUUCAGUCAUAUUGAAGGAGGAGUAAGGACCUUAUUAACUGAUCGAAGUAAAUUGAUUAUGACUGUUGGAGGAAUUACGGCAUUAGCUGCUGGGGUUUACACAACUCGAGAGGGUGCUAGGGUUACCUGGGGUUAUAUUAACAGAAUUCUUGGGCAGCCAUCACUGAUCAGAGAAUCGUCCAUGGGUAGAUUCCCAUGGGCAGGCUCAGUGUCUCAGUUUAAGAACAAACUUAGCAAAGCUGCAGGGGCAGCAGCAUCUGCAGAAGGUGAAAAGCCCCUUGAAAAUGUAAUUCUUCAUCGUUCUUUGAAGACGAGAAUUGAGCGUCUUGCUAGAGCCACAGCAAAUACCAAGUCUCAUAAAGCACCAUUCCGAAACAUGAUGUUUUAUGGGCCUCCUGGUACCGGAAAAACUUUGGUGGCGAGGGAGAUUGCUCGGAAAUCGGGUCUUGAUUAUGCUAUGAUGACAGGAGGAGAUGUUGCUCCUCUUGGUGCACAGGCUGUUACAAAGAUCCAUGAAAUAUUUGAUUGGGCUAAGAAAUCAAACAAAGGGUUACUGCUUUUCAUCGAUGAAGCUGAUGCUUUCCUAUGCGAACGUAACAGCACUUACAUGAGUGAGGCUCAGCGCAGCGCUCUGAACGCGUUGCUCUUUCGAACCGGUGAUCAAUCACGGGACAUAGUUCUUGUCCUGGCUACAAACAGACCCGGAGAUCUGGACAGUGCAGUCACUGACAGGAUCGACGAAGUAAUCGAGUUUCCUCUCCCUGGUGAAGAAGAACGCUUCAAGCUCCUCAAGCUCUAUCUCAACAAGUACCUAAUGGGUGAAGACAAGAAAGGUGAGAAAGACUCGAACCUUAAAUGGAGCAACUUGUUCAAGAAAAAGAAGUCACAGAAGAUAACCAUUGAAGGAGACCUAACCGACCAAGUGAUCAAAGAAGCUGCAAAAAAGACAGAAGGCUUCUCUGGUCGUGAAAUCGCUAAGCUUGUCGCCGGCGUUCAAGCUGCGGUAUACGGACGACCGGAUUGCGUCUUGGAUUCCCAGCUUUUUGAAGAGAUUGUGGAUUAUAAAAUCGAAGAACAUCACCAGAGAAUCAGACUUGCGACUGAAGGUGGCCAAUCGUUUGCGUAGAUUUUUUGUAUCACCGAAUCACCGUAGUUUCGAUUCUAUAAAACUGAAAUAGUGAUAUUGUUUAAGAAACCGGUUCAAUUACGGUUAUCUGGAAUUUUGUCCAAUUUUAAUCUUAGUUUUGACCAGCCCGAUUAUGUAAA